UGGAAAAACACCUGUCAACACCCCAGUCACCGGACUGUCCUCUGCGAUGAAAGCCGCCGAUGCAGCGGCCCGGACGUCUCGCUUCGCCCGGGGCCGCUUCCGGGCCGUGGCGCUGGACCUGGAUGGGACCACGCUGAACGAGGUCCACGCGCUGAGCGAGCGGACCUUGAAGGCGAUCCAACGCGUCGAAGCAGCAGGAGUGCAAGUGAUCUUGGCCACCGGGCGGCCCUUGAGGUCGUUGCAGCCCUACGUCGCCCAGCUGACCUUGCAGCGGCCGGUGCCGACGGUUUGCUUCAAUGGGACCUGUGCGGCCCUGUUUGAUCCGAAGGAAGCGGCGCCGCAGGUCCUCCUCUCCCGAGGCCUCACUCGCUCGGCCGCCGAGAGCAUCAUCCAGAUGUGCGAUGAUCGGGGCUGGUGUGCCAGCUACUGCCUCCCAAAUAGCACCUCCGUGUGCUUGACCACGGAGCUGCAAGCAGAGUGGCUGCAGAAGUUUGAGGAGAUAGAGGACCUACGGCAGGAGCGUGUGGAGUCCCUCUGGGAGCUCUUAGAGUACGAGCCGCCCUUGAAGAUCGUGGCCCUGGCGGAGGAGCCCUUCACCCAAGCGGCCAAGGCCCGCGCGAUGCUGCCGCCCGGCGCGGCGCACGUCGUGGCCGCCGAGAUGCACAUCGAGUUCCUGCCUGCCGAUGUGAACAAAGGCGACACCUUGCUGCGGCUGUGCAAUGAUCACCUCGGCAUCCGCAUGGACGAGGUCAUAGCCUUCGGGGACAACUACAACGACAUGGAGAUGUUGACCUUGGCCGGCGAAGGCGUGGCGAUGAAGAACGCCAAGGACGAGCUCAAGGAGGCGGCCAACCGCGUCAGCGAGUGGAGCAACGAUGAGGACGCCGUGGCCAGGGAGUUGGAGCGAUUGUUGGAGGAGUGAGGCCUCCGGGACGCACACGGCUUUGGUCCGCCCGCACUGAGAGCCGCUGCCGAGCCAUGCCAACUGGGUGAGAAAGCCCACCAGUUUCUUCAGACCAAGCGCAGAGUGGAAAAGAUCGCAUUCAGUGGUCAAUGCGAUGGGAAC